AUGGACCACAACACAAUUAAGAAGCUCCUAGUAGAGGUUCAAGCAUCGCUAGAUGUUUAUCAGUCUGACCCCACGGAUACUUCUCGGGUCGAGGCCCAGGAGAAGGCGCUCAAAUUGGCACGCGCAUUAGAAAAGCCUCGCGAUGCGAUCUUGAAAAUUGCCUACUCUCCAACCGUGGUCAUGGCGGUUAAGGUGGCUCAUGACUUGAAUGUGUUCCCAACUUUGGCGAACGCCACAUCCCCCGUGCUGUUGAACGAGCUUGCGGUCCUGAAGCCCGCAGAUCCUUUAUUGGUUGAGCGUAUGAUGCGUCUCCUCGUAGCCCAUGGUUUCGCUGAGGAGCCAGAACCAUGUGAAUACCUCCCUACGGCCCUCUCCAAGGAAAUGACCCAGCGGACGUCAAUCGGUGUCGUUGAGUCCCUCUUCCUCGAGUUCCUUCCCGGCAUCCAGAAAGUUCCCGAGUACCUCCAAGUCAUCGGAUACAAAAGUCCCGAGGAUCCCUUGUUUGCUCCGCUGCAAUAUGCGCACAACUUCAAGCAAGAUGGCUUUUCCUGGCUCUGCGAGAACCCUGCUGCCCUCACCCGCUUCAAUGCCUUCAUGGAAGGCCAGCGUGCGGAUCGUCCUCACUGGGCCGACUGGUUCCCCAUCCCCGAUCAGAUCCUCGCCAGUGCUCACAAAGGCUCGGAUGGACCCCUUCUAGUGGAUAUCGGUGGCGGUCGCGGACAUGACCUGCUCGGGUUCAAGCAACGGUUCCCUGAGGCGCCGGGUAAGUUGGUCCUAGAGGAUCUGCCCACGGUCAUUGAGGAGGCACGGUCCGCCCUCGAUCUGGAAGGCAACGGCAUUGAUGCGGUUGGAUAUGAUUUCUUCGCUCAGGAACAGCCCAUUAAAGGUGCCCGUGUCUACUACUUCCGGAACAUCUUCCACGACUGGUCAGACGAUAAGGCGCGCCUUAUCAUCAAGAAUCUCGUCCCUGCCAUGGAGCGCGGCUACUCAAAGGUUCUCAUGGAGGAGUAUAUUAUCCCCGAUAAGAACGCCCGAGCACUAGAGGGAAUGACCGAUAUUGCAGUGAUGGUCUUCUGCUCCGGACUAGAGCGCACACGCCAGCGAUUCACAAACCUAUUGGAGUCUGCCGGUCUGAAGGUGACUAAGUUCUGGACCCGCGAGGGGGAUGGACAGGGAAUCAUUGAGGCGGAGUUGGCCUAA